GUUUAGUGUAACGCCUGGAAGAUUUCAACAUUUCGACGCCGGCGGCAACAGGUUCUCAUGGUUAUGCACCGGUUCUUUCAAGUAUUCAGCGGUGGAUAUUCCUCUGUUCCUUUUUCAAGAGUUUUAAUGGUUGAAAGAUAUAGCCAUUCCAUUCGUGGAGUCUUUCGGUAAAUGUUUUCAAGAAUGGUUAGGACAAUUUUUCUGCGAAUCCCAAUUAGCAAACAAAAAUGUAUUUUCUUAAUCAUUGCUGCAAUCUGUCUUCUCGGUUACUUGGCUCUAAAAAGGACAAAACAGGGCCUUAAACCUCUAAAACCUCUUGCUGAUGUUGGAAGAUCUAAACAUGUGGCUGGUAAUAAGUUGAGUAAAAACAAGGCUACUGGGCCAAGCAUGACAAUGGACGAGAAAGACUUUCUACUUGAUGGAAAGCUAGUUGGCAGAUCUAAACAUGUGGCUGGUAAUAAGUUGAGCAAAAACAAGGCUACUGGGCCAAGCAUGACAAUGGACGAGAAAGACUUUCUACUCGAUGGAAAGCCAGUUCGAAUACUAAGUGGAGCUAUUCACUAUUUCCGAGUUGUUCCAGAAUAUUGGAGAGACAGAUUGCUGAAACUCAAAGCGAUGGGGCUGAAUACUGUUGAAACGUGAGUAAAGCUCAGUUUUGGGCCCGGGAAACUAUAUUAACAAUUGAGUUUAGAAGGCCUAGGAUUAUCUUACGCUUUGGCUAUAUGGCCGGUAACCGGUCAAGGUUUUCAAAACACUAAAUGACCGGCAGUCCUAUAUUCUCAGUAAAUUUAUACAAAAUCGAAAAAUUCAGCGAUCCUGAAAUGCUUUAUAGAUCUCAAGUAUAUAUGUUGUAGUUAUUUUUUUUUAUCUCAGGUAAUUUUUGUUUUUCUUUUGUUUUUGAGUAUGGUAAUGUAUGCUAAUGAAGUUCAAACAAAAGAAAAAUAAAAAUUACCUGAGAUAAAAAAUUAACUACAAAAUAUACAUGUAGUGCCAGUUAUUUAAAAAUAAUGUAGUUUAGCCAGUGUUUAACAAAACCGCCUUCUAAGCCAUUUUUUAUUUGCCCAACAGUUUUAUCUGAACACCAUUUUUUAUUGUGAACUGCUUUAUGAAAGCAUACAGAGUAGACAAGAAAAGUAUUUAUCUUCUUAAAAUAACCCACUAAGAAAGAGAUCUUGAGGUCCAAAGAUUUGUUAAACUGCGGCUUAAGUUAGACUUUGUUUAAAUAAUCGACCCAUAGUGUUUGGUUUACGCUGGGCUCCGAAGACAAAAUCAUGUAUUGUGACACUUCAAACUUUUUUCAGCUCGAUUGCCGGUCAAGGUGUUGAAAACACUAAAUGACCGGCAGUCCAAUAUUCUCAGUACAUUUCGCUUGACUUGUAAUUGCAGAACUUUGUUAUCAGUUUCUCGGCAGUGAAAAUGAAUUAUGAGCAAAGACAAUCAUGUUUCCAAUAGAAUAUGGAAAUAGAUUGAGCCCCUAAAGUUGCAGUUACUAAGUCCCUGCAGGGAGCAAAAUAUGCCUAAGUCCCUCCAACCACUCCACCCCCCUUCCAUUUUCAAAAAGGAAAACAGGUUAACAUUUCAAUAGCCAACUAAGCAGUAAAGCUGCUUAUGUGAUUGAAAUUAAGUGAGUGUCUGAGUAAAUUAAACUGAUGUGAGUUGAAGGGUACUCAAUAGGAUUUGAAGUAGGCAUCUGCCCAACCUUAAGUAGGUGGCUGUGACAAACAAAGGGCCCGUAAACUAGGGCGCGGAAAAGCAGCAAAUAGAAUGCAAAGUAAGCGGCUACAAAUUCCAAAGAAGGCAGCAAUCAAUCGCUGGGUACUGGCUCUCAUUGAGAACCCUGGACUUGACAUUGAUGUUGCUACAUUGGUUUAGUUUCAUUGUAAGUCAUAUAUGGAAGAGGGGUGGGAGGGAAUGACAUGCUUUGCACAUUUCUAGGUGUUAGUGACCAGACAAUGUUGGUUUGACCCAAAACUCUCCGUUUAUAUGGUCCUAAGCCUAAGUUGCAUAAUAUUAUUACGGAUUAUUAAAUAAUGUGGAGACUGGUAAAUUAUUAUUAUUGUUCAUUCAGAAUAUUUCCCCGCUUCUGAUUGGCUAUAAGUGCACGUUUAAUUCACCAUAACCAGUUACUGAUGACCAAAUUUGGAAGAAUUUUGAGUUUAACGGGGAAAUGACAUCAAAAAUGCAGCGUUUUCGCAGGUUAAGGCGCCGUUAACCGAGAAGACCUGGGGACGAGGUUGAGUUGAAAUUGAAAAAUGGCAGACAUUUCACUUGUUUCAAGUAAGAACUAGGUGAAAAAAUAGCUAAAAACAUGGCAAGAACAGCAGGAAGACAACUCGAAGGGCAACAUCUGCCAUUUGGAGAAUAUUUGCAGAGCUGGACAAACCUAAACGCGCACUAUUGAAGAUGAACUUAACAUUGAUGGAUCGAUGGAGGUAAGCAUGUGUUAGCCAUGUUUUUAAACUAGAAAUUAUUGUGAAUGAAUAAUAAAACAAUUAUCUAAUUUGGCUUUCGUAUCAUAUGAAGAAUUAUGGAGAUCUCGGAGGGUGUUAUCCGCCUCAGCCUACGGCCUCGACUGAUAACACCCAUCUCGAUCUCCAUAAUUCUUCAUAAUCAGCCUCAUUCAUUAAUUGUUAAUUAAUAAAUAAUGCCUGUUAAAUUUGAGCCAGUAAGGUGCAAAAUGCAACAAGAAGAGUAGGAAAUGUAAUGAUGCUUGGGAACAUUGUGUUGUUCUCUUCUACCUUUUUUAGGCAACUGAGUGACAGGGAUUGAAAUUUGUUGACUAGAGUGCCGUACAGCUCAGAGAUAAGCAACCAACGCACAUGCAAAUCACAGGGCUGUCAAAAUGUUUUUAUUAAGUAGCAGGCUGAUAAUGAAUGGUAGACGGCUCUGGAACUCACACCAAAGGCACAAGUUCUUGGGGGCCAAGGCAUCUAGGGACGAUUUGAAAAUUAGAGUCUCGGUAAUGGCGUUUCCAAGGGUUUCAAAAGGUGUUUCCAACCACUUAUGCCAUGUUGUUUGAUUAGAAUACACGCAAGCCUGGGAACAAUGCCGUCAACAAGUCCCUGGCGUUCCAAGACAUCGCACAGCUCAAACAUUUCACAGGUCUAAACCUGUUAGAACGUGCAUUCAAUGUCAUUCAAAACCGGGAAAUAGAUGCUUUACAAUUUUAUUCGAUGAUGCUUGAUUAUUUUUUGUCAGCAGUUAUGGUUCUAGAAGGAGAUGAAAGUAGCCGGCUAAGGAUGGCUAACUAGCCGGCGGUUUUGGCCGACUACUGGCCCUUAUUGACAGCCCCUUACACAACUGUUCGAAAGCUAGUUUUUAAAACUAAUUUAACUUGUCCACAAUAGUCGACCUUUACUGCGUCCAAUCCUGCAGACAUUGCUUAAGCUUUUGUUGAAGUUGUUAUAACAACAAUUCACCAGAAACAAUACGUUAGCUCAUACACACUAAUCAUUUCUACAGCAAAACCAUUUUUGAAGUGCAUUAAUAGAUUUCUUGCUAGUUAAUGCUUUUGAAGUGGGUUAAUGUGGACGCUUACCUCUUAGCUGUACUAAUGGUGUUUUUAAGUUGUUUAAAGUCAAUUCAAUUGCCUUGCAGGUAUGUUGCGUGGAACUUGCAUGAAGAAAUUAAAGGGCAGUUCAAUUUUGAUGGUAUCCUUGAUUUAGGGUAAGAAUCAAGUGACUUCAUGCUUAAAAAAGACUCUUACUAGUCUUGCUUGCAUAUGCAGCGAGACUCAUAAUCUGCAAGCCAUGUUAUUUUCUUCGUAUUUGGUACACAAAACAACGGCUGUGGCCGAGAGCAGCAUUCGUAGCAGAGACAGUGGAAACUGGGAAUAAGAAUCAUUGCAUGACCAAAGCCAUGAAUGUUUUGCAAAGAAAGCUUAGGUUUAGAACUUUUCUGGAACAGGUCCGUCCACAAAUUCUAUUGCUUGAAAGUGUUGAUUACUUUGGAACAAGUGAACACUUUGGUGGUUGAAAAAAAAAGAAGAAUCUUAAUUUUAGCAAAAGACUAACUGGUCAGGUGUCGUAAACUUUCAUCGUAUGCAAAUUAUAUGAGUCUUGUGAUGAAUAUGUGGUUUAUUUUCGGCACGGUGACGAUUGAAAUGAUGUUCCUGUAAAUCACUUUUUUGAUCUCUGGCAAUGAUGUAAUUUCUCUGGAAUCACAGCCCUUGGAUUUUUGUGUAGUGAUACACGUGUAUAGCCUGUGACCGCAGACGUAUUUCCUGUCGUUGCUAACACGCAUACUAAAUCAAUUCAGAAACAAAUAAAAAGUAAAUAUCCAGAAGUAGGUGUAGUGUCACGGAAACUGUCUAGGCAAUUAGUUGCUCAUUAUGCAUGUUAUAACUGGUAGUAGGUGUUGUUAGGUGUUUUGAAUAUUUAAAUAUUACGUAUUUAAGGAGUGGAAAAUUAUUCAUGAAAGGUUGUUAAUUGUGAGGUCGUAACUGGCGUACCCAGUACGUAGUCGGGAGUGUAAAACCUUCAGCGACUAAAUCCUGUUUCGUGUAGAAUUAAUUGCCUCCUCAUUUCUUGAUCUAAUCUCCAAACAAGCGAGACUAAACGCCUCAGUAAGAGCAUUCUUGGUAAUAGCUAGGAUUGAGUGGAGUCCAAUUUGGGUUGUAAUCAUGUUACUAUCACAAAAUUCUCGAUCUGAUUGGCUAUCAGCUGUCCUGACUGCCUGACUUUCUUUCACUUCCAGCAAAAAAACUCUUGUGAGAUCUUGUGUUUUUUUAAUUUUGUAUUCACUUAUUGCUGUUCUUUAUUUUUAAUUAGGGCUUUUAUCAAGUUAGCCCAGGAGCUGAAUUUGUAUGUUAUCGUUAGACCAGGACCAUACAUUUGUUCAGAGUGGGAUUUUGGUGGACUACCAAGGUGAUCAAUAUUAUUAAAUGCAGUUAUAUGUAGUAACAAUAAAAAAUACCUGUAUAUAAUGAAAAAAAGAGGAUAGAAGUAGCACAGUCUCUCCUUGGUUGGUACCCUGAUUAGACAAAUGCCUAAGGAGGGGGUGGGGUGGGGUGUUGGGGCAGGGAGAAGUGUCCUAGCUUCCUCUUUUUAUCUCCCUCUGCUUUCUCUUUCUUCAUGCAUAAUCAUAAGUGAUACCUGUUUGAGUCCAAAUAAGACCAUUCUGUCCAGAACACCCCAAAUGAUACCAAAUCUGAGAUUUACACCCAUCAAUGUGGAAGUGUCCCCCCUCAGGAACAUAUAUAGUGCCCUGACAGUAACUUGCAAAGUGACUGAAUAUAAGCAAGUUAUUAGUGGAACAGAAGGUUAACAGAGUUUUAUUUAAUACACACAUUACACAGUGUAUAUUAUUUUGCCCGUAAGUCAGUUGUUUUUAGGACAAAAGGCUUAAAAGCAGCAAAUUAUAGACCUCAUGCACAUAAAUUUGCCAAAGGGCGAAAAAAAAAAAAACUUGUCACAGAGCAACUGCCAGUGUAAGUCACUAACUAAGUUCUUAUGUAGCCAGUCACAAUACAGAUUGUAUUGUGUGAGUGAUAUCACCAUGACAGGUCACUAGGCUGAACAAAGGUCAAUAAAGAUUAAUCCUCAAAAACUGCACAAGCGUACCUUAAUAUUUCCACUUUGGUGAUGACUAAGAACUUACUCUUAGAUCAUUAUUACAUGCAGACAAUUUUCUAGCGAAUACUUAUUCCACAUAUUUUUUUUUUCCCUGAAGUUGGUUGUUACACGAUCCUCAAAUGGAACCAAGAUCAAUGUACCAUCCAUUUAUUGAGGCUACUGACCGGUAUUUCAAUAGGCUUCUGCCAAUCCUUGUUCCUUUACAGGUACUGAUAUAUGACUUAUGAUUAAGCGUACUGUGAUCCCCAUACACUUUUACACACUUUACCCUCUAAUGCAUCGUUAUGCAUGUUUGUAAAAUUUCAAAUUAUUUUAUCAUUCUUGAGAUCAUCAUUGUCAAUGACAUGCAUAUCCUCGCAUUCCUUUUGUAUCCCUAUUAUUUAAGAAGUGAGAAGGGGGGGGGAGGGGGAAGGAGCGCUUAUUCAAUAGGGGUACUUGUUUGAUAUUAUGACUAAGGGAGUGGGCUCUUAUUCAGGGGAGGGCAGUUGUUAGAGUGUGGGCACUUAGUCAAAGAAAUUUAUAUGGUUUUUACUUUUUUAUGAACUAUACAUUGUUUAUAUUUACAGUAUUAGCUUAAGUCUGUCUCCAGUUAAUUAGCAGUUCUUUUGACUAGCUAGUAGCUCAAAGACUUGAUAAAGUUAUCAUCAUCAUCACCAAACUUAUCAAAACUUGGUGUCAAGUUUGUGACUAAAGAACAGGUAUUAGCUUAGUUGUAGUUAGGUUUUUAUUUUGUUUAGGGUAGUUAGGUUAUUUAUGAUUUUUAUACUCCUGAUAAAUUUUACCAUUCCAUUCUAUCCUAUUCGAGAAACUUUUAGAAAAUAAUGCGCUCUAAUUUGCUACAAAAUUUUGGGAUAAUUGCAUUUUAUCUCUUAAAGUUACAUGUACAUUGGUGGAUCUGAAUAAUUUUGAAUUUUUGCCAUUUUUUACAAAUAAUUACUUAACCUUUAAACCCUAAGAUCAAAAUGUGAAUUCUCCUUUGUCACCUCUAUUCAUUUCCUACAGAAGUAGUGGGGAGAAGUUGAUAAAAUAUCUAGCAAAUUCAUCUUGUGUGAUCAUGUCCAUAAUUCUCAUGACCACUCUGUUUUACAAAGCAUUGCUGUUACAAGGAGAAAUUUGAUGCUGAUCACUCUUAGGGUUUAAAGGGUUAAAAGGGAAUGCAUAGAGAAUUGGACAUAUAAAGGAGAUUAGCCCUUAACCACUUAUGUGCUGGAUAUUGAGGUAAAACGGUUUGUCUUUAGAGCUAGUACCCCUCCACUAAGGUGAAAAUGUUUCUGAUGGUUUUGUGGGGUGGAAUGUAAAACUUUAUAGAUAGUGUUUUACAAAACUUGAUGAUACAGCUAUUUCGAGAAAGGGUUGUUGGAAAAAUGUGUACAUGACAAUCCCAAAAGGUAAUAUAGGAUAUGAUCAAUAUACUAUUCCUAAUGACUGUGGCUUGCAAACCUACUUUUGUUGCUUUUCUUUGGCAUUCGCAAACGUAUGUCCGUGGACUCCCAAUGACCCAUGCCAUUCCUUCACAUUUCUUUGAAGAACGGUGCAUUUAAAAACCACCCACAAUUGUCACAUGUACUUUUUCCGACUACCUUUCUCGAAACAGCUGUAUAGGGACUUUGCUGACUCUCUGUUCUCCUUAAUUAGUACUCUAAAGGUGGUCCGAUAAUAGCAUUUCAAAUUGAGAACGAGUACGGAAGCCACUACACUGAUGAUGUCAACUACCUGAAUCAUCUAAAAUGGGUUAGUAUUUUCUUUGAAGUGUCCAUAGGGCCAUGAAGGGUAGUUUGGGCAGGUAUUGUAAUUGAUAAGGAGUUGGGGUAAGUUCGUGCUCAAGCCAGGCCCUCAAAGCUGUCCGUGUGCUCAGGGACAGUCUGAUGACAUCAGUAAAAACUUAACCCUUUAAGGCCCAGUAUCCACAUACAAAUUCUCCAAACUGAUCUCUAUUCAUUUCCUGAAAGAAUGAGAAUUUGAUAAUAGAUCAAGGCAUUUUCUCUUGUGUGAUCAUUUUAUUAAUUCUCUUAACUUAUCUCUUGAAAGUGUAUGGAUAUUGUUUGGAGAAAUUUGAUCUUGGUCACUAUUGGGACUUCAAGGGUUAAAAGGGACCUAAGGCAGCUUUAAUGGUUGAUUUAGGCCCCAUUUAUAUGGAGAAACACCAUCCCAGCCAUGUUAACUUAAAUGAGCGUUGAUAUGAGAAAAAAGUUGUCCUUUUUGCCCAAGCAAACAGCUCUUAUGCAAGCUCUGUGCAUGUGAUCUGUCUUGUCUAAAACAGCGCUCGCAUAUGCUCUGAUUGUCACACCUUGACUGAGUUGUCCUGGCUGGGCAAGCUGGCUGGAGAAAUUUUGGGCCAGCUAGCAGGGUGACCCUACCAUCACAAAAGAGUGACCUGGCUGGGCAGGUCACCCUUCUAGCUGAGCCAGCUUCUUGUUUCUCAUGUACAUGGUUCACCUCGUUUUGUAAUAAAAUGUAUGAAAUGUUGGCUUGCCCAGGGUAGAGCCAGUAGGUGGGUAGAUGCACACAGUCAGAACCGUCUCUAACUGUUACAGAGAAAGGUGUCUGUCUUAUAGGGAGGUUAUAGUUACAGUUAAAUGACUGGCACCAAAGGGACAAAGAACAGGGGUCUUUGAAGAGAAAGUGUUUGUAUUGUGUGUUAUUCAGUUUUAUUCGCUCAGGAAAGUCGCAUGAGGGGACAAAAAAAUAUAUGGCAAGCAGAGAGAUAACUGACUUAAUUCCCACCUCUCUCCUGUUCUUCUAUCAGUCUGUUCGCUCUCUUGAGUAGAUCAUCAGUCCUGCCAAGCCCUGACUCAACUGACUAAAAAGAGGCUGCUCGCUUUGCCCUCCACUAUUCAACAUAUUUCCGUGGGUUAAAUUAACCUCGAUACUACUACAUGAGAAAUUUCUGCAAUUUGAUUGGCUUAGAGCAGUGGUAUUUCAGCUUAAUUUGAAAUACCUGCAUGUGAAAAUUACAAACCUUGUGUGGGUAUUAGUAUAAACAGAUAAUAGCAUGAUGUGCACGUGAUAUUUGGCAUAAAUACCACUCGUCAUAUUUCAAAAUUGUCGCAAAUUUCACUCGCCUAACGGCUCGUGAAAUUUCGUAUAACAAUUUCGAAAUAUCGCUCGUGGUAUUUAUGUCAAAUAUCACUGCAAAUCAUGCCUAUACAAAUUUCCGAACUUCGUUUAAAGAAGGAAUAUCUAAAACUUUGAGGACCUUUCUUAGGGAACUCUCUUCUCCUGAAAUGAAGCUAUGAUGCAGGCAGAGUCUGUUAUGUGCUUAAACACUUCAACCACCCAGAGGGACGGGACUCAAUGUUCUGGACAGUUAACUAUGCUUUUUUGUGGGCUCAUAUAUUAUUUUUUUACAAAGUCAUACAUCAUUGUGUUGUCUCUGAGCUAUCUGUACUUAUUUGUUAGUGCUUAAUAUAUGUCUAUACCUGAAACGGCCACGUUGUAAUUUGGAAAAGUCUGUGAUAAUUGUAAGCCUGUGUCAUGAGAGGCUCUAAACUUACUGUCAUAUCUCGCAAUUUCUGUUUCUCGUUUUUAAAACAGCUUAUGAUAGAUGGAGGCAUAACGGAACUUCUGUUUACAUCGGACAAUUCUGGUGGAUUACAAAAAUGGUUUUUGUCUUUACCUAAUGGUAGGUCAUCCAUACUGAACGUUAUUUCUUUCUCGUGAUUUUUUUUAAGUAAGCUUAAUACAUGUAAGUGAUACAAGUAACUUUUUUCAUCUCGAUUUCAGUGCUGAAAACAGUCAACUUUGGAAAUGGUGCAGAGUUGAAGCUGAAUAAGUUAGUUACAGAGUUUCAGGUAUUGGAGUUAAAAAUUUUGGGAAAAACUAAUUCGUUUUUUUAAUCACACGGUGUAGGCCUUUACUGUUGUUCCUUUUAAAGGGAAUUGCGCAUCAUUUCAAUCUUGUUUUUGACCGCGAAAAAUUUCGCUGCCAAAUUGGCCAAGUUCAAGUUCAUUUUAUUUCACACUAUUUACAUUGUAAGAUCACAGAUAUAAAUUAAAGCAAUAACGGAAUCUCUUCAAUAGCUAAUUAAAUAACAUAUAGCAGAGCUAACACUACCUUUUUACUGAAUGUGUGUGGAGGCCAAAGUAGCAUCUGCUUUCGAGUUGGCCACCACCUACUUUAGAAUAAACAAAAACACACUGAGCUUCAUAAACAUGGAAUCUACUAAGACAGUGAAUGCGCUGUUUUCGUAAGACAUGGCUCACAAAACAGACAGUUGCGUCGCUCUUACACGCCUGCCAUUUUCAGUCGAGAAGUUGAUCUGUUUGCUUGAGUUUUUAUAGGUCAUAAUGUAAGGACAAAUGUGAAUGAAAAGAGGUUUCUUCUCUCGGGCGUGGGAAGUUGGAAUACCCUUCCUGCGUCUAUCGUUUGCUUGUGUUCAGAUCGAAAAUAUCCAGGCUUUUAAGAAAUGACUAAAUACACAUCGAUCAAUGGCAAUUUUUAUGAGAAGCUGUAGAUCCUGAUAGUCUUUCUCAACUUAGGUCAUGUUAUUCACCUUGGUGGGAAAAAUAGCUAGGAAAAGAAGACCAUUUGUCUCCAACGAAAUUGUUUACGGUCACUAAAAAUAACUCUGGACGAUCAAUGGUCCAUCUCGUUUAAUUCGUUCUUUGUAAAGGACUGUAUCAAAAUGGAAAAAUAAAGUUGUUAUCUUUUUGUCCUCGACAAAAUGAUAAGGACCUUCAAUGGUUCAACGGGAAGAAAUGUCCAACAAAUCGUUGCAGGGAAAAUAGUUAGGAGAAGUAAACAUAUUGCUUUGUUGACCAAGAAGUCGUCGUCAUUAUUGAAAAGGGACGUAUGUGACGCUUUUGAAAAGUCAAUAACAGAAGUUUGAAAGCUAACACGAAACAGAGCAUGUUUCCGAUUUGCGGUCAAAGAUGAGACGUCCAGUAGGAUAAGCAGUUAGAUUGAUCAUUAAGAUAAUAACACUUCUUUCUGUUAUUCUGUUGUUUGGAAGCCAGGUAAACCAGCAAUGGUUGCCGAAUUCUGGGAUGGUUGGUUUGAUCAUUGGGGUGAGGAGCACCACACCCGAGAAACUGAAAGAGUGGCCUCCAACAUGGAGGAGAUACUCGAGUUUGGAGCUUCUGUUAAUCUCUACAUGUUUCACGGUUUGUGCUAAAAGAUUUUAUAGUUAAGCCAACGCCCAUAUGUACUUAAAUGAACUGAUUAUUUGAAAAUUGAAUCCGUCAUUCGUUGCUGCUGCUCUUAUCAAAUUCUGUAAUUCCUGCAUUUUUAGACAACAACUUUUCUGUAUCCUGUCAGGUUUCGAUGACUGUCUUAUUUUUGCCUUGAACCACAUCGCGAAAAACUGUCUUUCCAGUGCCAGAAAAGCUCGUACAAAAUUUCCAUUUAAUCAUACUCUGAAACGAAUGACACGUGCCAAUUUUAGGGCAAAUGUCAAAGGAAAAUUUAGAAUCUCGUUCAGUGUGAAACCAGAGAAUUUCUAGUUUUCUCCUCUCGCCUCCCUAAAGGACGUCUUUGUGCUAGACUAUGAAGUCCGCAGAGGCUGGGGAGACAGAGGAGAAGCACGCAAGGAAUAAUAGGAGGUAGCUUCCCUCGCUGACGGUUUUAGGGGUCACGCUUUCGGACGUUCGUUGUGGAGGAUUGCAUGACGAACCAAAAGAGUGUUAGACUACGAGUAGUCCCCAUUUUUCUGCGUGGGAGGCUAAAUAGGAAGGAAAGCAGUGGAUACGGUGCCUGGCGCUUGCGAAUGAUUUUUUAGCAGGCGGUGGAUCCUGUUUUUGAGUAAGUGGCUGUGAACUGCUGAUAAAUUAAACGCGAAUAAAUUCAGUUUGUUAGGGACUGAAGGGAAAGUGGUAGAAACAUGGGGCCUUUGUAUUAGGUUAGAAUGUAUUAUCGAAAGGUUGAGAAAUUAUUUUUCUAACAUGGCGUCUCUUGUUGUUUUUCAGGGGGAACAAACUUUGGGUUCAUGAAUGGAGCCAACGCUCUCCAGCCAACGACCACCUCUUAUGGUACUAUACAAUAUAAAACAAUAUAAUUAACAAUUGGGUUUUCUUCUGUAGUAACAUCAACACUGGUAAGGUCGAGAUAGUCGAGAUAACUCCGAAAUGUCCGACUAUUUUGUCUUCUAGAUCUCUGACCUCUGUAGAUUUUAGUAAGUAUUACCUAUUCGAUCUUUGGACUUUGAAUAGCCUGUAUUCCUCCACAAUGCUAAGGAGGUCGUUGAAUAUUUGUAAUGUAAUGUUAUGUAAUGUUGUGGAUUAGAGGACAACAAGACGCGCCCUCUUUACAUUAUACAGUAAAAUUCCGAAAAUAAGCCCCGGGGCUUAUGUUUUUCAAAGGCCCUUUUGGAGGGGCGGAGGGGCUUAUGUACGGAGGGAAAUUUGCGUUUCAAAGUCGAUUUGGUCAGCCUUAUUCUUGGAAGGAAAUUUACCGUUUUUCUUUGUUUGCUUUGUAUUUGAGGGCAAUUUCCAAGUACAAGCACCAGGGGGGUGGGGGGAGGGGGGCUUGUAUUUGGAGGGGCGAUUUAACGGAGGGUUUUUGCGUUACGAGUUUGGGGGGCUUCUCUUUGGGGGGGCUCAUACAUGGAGGGGCUUAUUUUCGUAAUUUUACGGUAUUUUUACAUGUUAACAGUAAGCUCGGACUUCAGCAUCCAAGAGUGCCACUGGCAGCCACUAUCGGUCCAUUUAUGAACUUACUGUAGCCCACCCAUAACCCAUGAUAUGAAUGAUGUGUGAUGCGUUAAAGGUAGACCACACCACCGCGGAUACUUCCCCACAGUUACCUCCCCUUCGAUUUGACUGUUGAAAGAAGGAUGACAAAGACAAGGCCAACGGCUUAUGUCACCACCCACUGACGAGAUCAUCUAAACGAGACAAGGUUUCAAAUCACAGUCAGCAUGAUCUCACCAGUUUUUUUAAAGACCCUGGUUGUUGGUCUGGCAGGGGCUUGAAUCCAUGACCUUCCGUUCGGCAAACCGGUGCCCUCCUAACUGAGCUAACCGGGCAGCGUUAAUUGUCGUUGUCAUUUUUAUGAUGACCACAGCUGUAUAUUGAACUAAUAAUUUCAGAUUAUGACGCGCCUUUGUCUGAAGCUGGAGAUAUUACACCAAAGUAUAAAGCCCUGAGAAACGUCCUAAGACAGUAUGAUCCAAAUCAUUCCUGUAAGUGUCCAGUAACCUUUAUGUCUCUGUUAAUUGCGGUUUCUCCCAUUUAACAAUUGAUAGGCGACGUUCAAAAAAGUAUCAGUCAGUUUCUCCAAUUGUUGGUUUCUGCAGAAAGUUAACUUUUCUAAUGGUUCACAAGAAAGAAAAACUGAUGUGUAGUAUUGUGCCAUAUUUUGUAACUUGCAGUCUGUUUGUCUCUCGAAAUGAUCCACUAUUUCCCAUAAACUCACAGGAAAAGGUGGUGAUGGGCCCAAUCCCUUUUCUUUCAUAACAACUAGCAUUUGCAAAAGCUCUCACUUGGGCAAAUAACUCGACAGUAUUUCGAAGAAAAAAAGAUGAUUGCCAACAGACUACAUAGAACAUGAUUCCCUUAAGUAUAAUUUCAAAUUACGUAUUUUUAUGAAGACCACUUCCAUCGAGUACAUGCAUGUUUCCUUUUUCAAGAAAUUCGUUGGUUACGUUUUAUUCGUGAGACCUCUAUUUUUCGUACAAAGGAAUGUUUUUAGUCGGUGAACGUAAACAGAACAGUUGCCCUGACGGCAAUUAGGUUUACCCAGUCUUAAAAUCACUUUGAUCUACACGAGUUACAAGGUAAUGCGAAUAACCCCACGUGACAUACCAAUCAUAGCCAGGCGUAGUAAGGUUAACUGGGUACACCUGGUGACCCUUGUCUUAUAGACUGUAAGAAUAAGAUAGCUCUCAGCGUCUGACUGUUAUUUGACCGGCUAAGUAGCCCUGUUUAUAAUAAACUAACCAGGCUACAAAGUGAGUGGAAGGAGCACAUUUUACCUUAUUAGCCUGGCUCACUUUUAUUUACAAAAACACACCUCCUAAUGGUCAAGAAUAUUGUCUCUGAGCAAUAACGUUCAUCCCAGGUGCUCUUUAGAAAAUACAAAUAAUAAUAUAAAGACUUCACCACAACUUUUUAUUCUCGUCGUAGGUGGUAAAAUUGUCCACCGACGCUUUGAUGGUUGAAAAUCCUGACAAAACACCCCACCUCGUGUCCGCCUCAAUCAUACGCAUUGAUACAAUAACAUUUUUCCCUUGACAGUUCCUGAUCACAUUCCAGCUGUUCCUAAAAACUCUCCUAAAAAGGCUUAUGGUAAGAGUCCUAAUACAGAGACAGUAUUUCGAGUCUAACGAUUUGUAGUAAUUUGCCUACCACGAGUAUAUUACCAAACCAGUUAACAGUCCAGGUCAGACCGUUUUGAAAUCCUGACAAUUCAUCACGUACAAAUUGACUAUUUUUGCGAAGAAGUACCCCAAAGAGAUUUUUGUUUAAGACCACUGGGUAUUUCAAAUCGAGGCUGAAAUAAAUUGCUAAAGCCUGUCAAAUUGAAAUUUUUGGUAUAUAUUUAUGUGAAUUGUUGUGAAUUGUAUACCUGAAAUGUACAGAAAUAUUGUAGUUAAUUGGUAUAAGGUAGCGGGCCUAUUCGUUUUAAAGCUGGUGUGUGUUAACCCCGGUGAAAAAUGUUUUUUCCUCCUUUAUGUUGCUCCCGAAGCGUUAAAAUGAUCGUGAUUGAGUACGCUGAAGACCGCCGAAGUCAAAUAUCAAUUCGAUGUGGAAUACCAGAAUUCCGUGGGGUAAAAACAGUGGUACAUUCCAUGUGAAUUGUCUGUAGCUUUUUUCUUUGUAGUCCCCUUGCCUUGCGUUACAUGGUUUCUGUCUAUUAACGUGCUAAAAUGAGUAUUCACCAUUUGACUUGAAUCCCAUCCGAAGAAGUGUAUUAUUGCCUCCAGAUACUUCACUCUCCGAAAAAAUAAUACUACACAACGUCUGUUUGGGUGCCCUGUGUCUUGUGUACAUUUUUUUUGAAACUUAAAACUACCUUUGAAUCUUUAGUGAUCGUAUUAGCCGAUUAACGUGAUAAAACAAUUGAUGGGCAGAUUGUGGUUGUUGUAAACCAGACAGUGGAUACUUGGAACGCUCAAACGACUACGUUGUUAACAGUGGUCGCUUCUCAAUGUACUGCUUUUGUAUGAGGUUUCACUAAACUGAUCUUUGGUGAUCUUUUUCAGGAAAAGUCGAAGUAAAGGAACGCAUGCCACUCAGUGAACUCCUUCGACUUCACGUACGUAAAUUGCAGUCUUUCCGAGCUACUGUAAUAGGUCUGUAAGGUUUAUAUCAAACGCGUGAAGGAUGUUUUUAACAAUUAUUCCUCGAGCCCGAAUGGGCUCUGAGUCAAUAGAGGCGAAUGGGCUAUUGACUCAGAGGCUAUGAGGGCGAGAGGAAUAAUUGUUUUUGUAAAAUCCAACUAGUUGGUCAAAAAUAUCGAGAAUAAAAAUUUUUAGCUAGUUGAAGCUAGACGUUAAUCCUUUUUUGGCGCCAAAAAGCCGGCGCUUUUCGUUGCUAGGGGGCUAUAACAUAUAGCCUAGUAGUAGCUCAACCAAUCAGAACGCAGCAUUGAUAAUAGACCACUAGUUGGGUUUUACUAACAUCUGAUAUGCAGCUCCCGAAAAGCAGAUCGAAAAAAAACAACCGCCAAAUGCUUCGAUAUCAAACGAACCUUUCUUUGCCAUACUUUUUUGAGGAGAAAAAUUUGAUUUAACUUAAGCCUCCUUACAGUGUAUAAUAGAGCUAACCAGCCUAGUCCCUAGGCGUUCUCGGCGCGGUCAAUCCUGGACUCUACCGUGAGCUGUGACGUCACCGAGAGAUACUCGAAGUUCUCUCGCCCGCUCUUUCCCAGACUUCGCGCGGACAACGGGUCAAGAGAGAACGCCUAGGGACUAGGCUGAGAGCUAACGAAGUGCAAAGAUCAACGAUUAACAUAUCAUCCUUAUAUCGCUCUCAGACGCCUAUUAAAAGUGAUAAGGUAAUGCCCAUGGAACGACUACCGAUUAACAAUGGUGGUGGACAAGGGUACGGCUUUAUCCUUUACCAGACAAUCUUACAGAAGUUUCCAAAGGAAAUUGUCAUGGAAGACGUCUUGGACAGAGCACAGGUAGGGACUUCUUAUCUUCGACAGGACAUAUAUAAGUGUUAAACCGUUUUAGCUUAAACUCUGUGCCCCAAAACAUUGCAAAUGUCACACCUUUCAAAAUAUUACUCCGCCUGUUUCCUAGUCGUAUAGCCACGAGGUUUGCAGUUCCCAUACGCAAAUCCGUAGGUGUUUUGUGUUCAAUGUAAAAUUCAGGUCGUUUUUAGGUAUAUAUACAGGUACUAUUAGUCUCUCUUAUUCUCUUCUCCCUGAUGAAGUGAGCGCUAGUCACACGAAACGGGUAGGAGACAAUAAAACAAUUUUACAACUCAAGACGUUCGCAAGUGCUGCUCACUGGUUUGCCCUUUUAAAAAAAUAAUGUACCUGUUGUACACUGCCAAAAGGGGAAUUGCUGGCAAUGGUCUAGCAGAUGAUUUUUAUCUAUGGUUAGAAAUUGGCGUCCACCGAUACACUGUUUUUCGCUGUAAAGAAAGUGAAAUAAAAGUGAAAAUUUAGUUGAACUUGCACCUCUUGACCUCGCCUACCAUUUGAGUUGGGGUUGGUACUUCAAUAUUUCCGUUGGUUUAAACAUCCCGUGAGCGACCGAUUGACACAUAGUGUGUUCUCUUACUGGUUGAAAAUUGCACAAUAUAACGUCGCAUAACCGCUUAUAGGACAAUAACUUAUGUUACUUUAUUACGGCAUUUUGUCUUAUAUCCGAUGUUUGCUGUAUGUAUACGCAUCUCAGUGCACAAGAGGCGCUUUUACUGACAAUAAGGCACUGUAUUUCAACUCAGAAUUUGUAUGCAAUGAAUUCUCCUCAAACAUAUAGAUCAGACCUGUUCCUAAUAGAGUGUGACCUUAGAUCCUUGUGUAAAUUUCCUUUGACGUGCCCUAAAACGGAGCACUGAUAGGGAGAGGGGGGGGGUUGGGGUAAAAUGAGCGCACUGUCGGCCUCAGGUUUGUUAGUAAGAAAUGACGUCUGAGAAGCGACGACGUGUCACUACCCAGAUCUGGGUAGCACUUCUGAUUGGUAGUACUGCGUGGGAAAUUUACCCAGAUCUGGGUACUUUCACGUUAUCAGUGUGGAAUUUUUGCAGUCGUUCCUCAGACGUCAGGGAACCAGUUGUGGCGUAGAGUGCCACUGUAGUCUGAGAUCCUCUCGUAAGCGACCAACUUGUCCUGGCAUUUUAGGAGGCCACGUAUGGUCUGCAGGACUUUUCGUUUUACUGCUGGCAAUCAAAUUAAUUGCUGGACCAAGGAUUGACACAGUUGGUUAGUAAUUGGCCAUCUGUGGGAGAGGUCCCGAUUUCAUUCUCAUGUGUGACCUCAAAUCCGUGUUUCGACUUCUUUCCUUCCCAUGUAGCUUUAAAUAGAGAGAAGAGGAAGGGGGCGGAGGGCGGGUAAAUUGAGUGAACUGUCAACCUCAGAGUUGUUAGUGAGAUGAUGACUUUUUCGAGCUACCUACGUAACAAUGAUAAGGCUACUUUUACUUUUUGUGUCAAUGUUAUCGGUCACUUACUACUUAAUGCCUCUCUUAUCUAGGUGUUGUUAGACUCUCUUUCCAUUCAUACGUAUGAUGCAAGUUUGGAGGAAGAGAUGAUUGUUGAGGUCCAUGUGGACGAGAAGCUGGCGUCGGUGGUAAAUACUCCUUGCAAGCUGGAGAUUCUAGUUGAAAAUAUGGGUCGCACAAAUAUUGGAUGGGAUUUAAAGAAAUUACGGAAAGGUGAACCCAGCAUUGUGGUCAGAACAGUAGAAUCCCGAUUUCUGAAAUUUCCCAAUAAUUUGAACAAAACUUCAUUUCCUGUAGAGUUUUGACAAAUCUGGUUUCCGGUGUGUGACUAAAUAUAGUUAAAUUCCAAUAUCUCUGGAUGUAAGUGGUAUAUUACGGAUGAUAUUAUCCUUUAUUAGUUAGCUCAGAAAACAGAUGACAUUUCGCGACUCCAGCAUUGGUUUCCCGCGAAAUGAGGUCUAAGAAACGAUGACGUGUCCCUACCCAGAUCUGGGUAGUACUUCUUAUUGGUCGUGCCGCGUAGGGAAUUUACCCCAGGCUAUCCAUCUUUUUUCUUCAUCGUAUCCAACUCACAUUUAUUUUAUUUUUUUACAAUAAGGAAUAAAUGGCAAAGUGGAGAUAGAUGGCCAGAGUAAUACGAAUCACUUAUGGAAGAUUUUUUCACUGGAUUUCAAGGAAGAUAUGUUAGCGAGGUAACCGGUGUAUUCAAAAUACUGGGUUAUGAGUCCAUUACCUUGCAGAGUGAUGUCAACGUAAUGUCGACCUUAUCUUAUGUAUCGCAGAGAAUCUUGUAUCACACGACUUAUCAAAAGAAGUCGGCAUGGUCCAGUAGGUGUGGUGUAUAGGUGCUGGAUUUCAACGCAAUCGGCUUGGGUACAAUUCUUCGCUCUUGUCAUUGGAACCGAUCUGUCAACCUCUCUCCCACUUGCCUAGUCCCUAGGCCUCAUUAUUCCACGCGGCCAAAGCGUUUGAGUGACGUGGUCUAAGCGAAAAUUUCCCGCCCGUUCGCCUUGGAUGCGUCACCGAAGUGAAUUGACCGAGAGGAACUGGGAAAACGCCGUACAGGGACUGGGCAAGUCUCCCACCAGCUGGGAUUAAGGAGCUUUAGCAAUGAUGACGGCGUCGGCAACGACAACGUCAAAAGAAGCAAUAGGUACAUUUCUUUGCCGUUACUGCAUGACUACGAUGAAGGACGUAAACAAGCGACGACGAAUUUUUUCCUCUAUCUAAACUUGAAUGCGGUCCCCAAGAAAUCAACUCCAGGGAAAUUCGCCUACAUUUGAAAUUUUCAGCGAGCUGGAAUAAACGCGACAAAGUCUGAUAAAACUCGAAUUCAUUUUUAAAGUGACGUUCCCCUGCCUUCGCCGUCGUCCAUGCUAAAGCUCCCUGGUAUAAACUCGCCGUUACUUUUAAUUAAGCCUUUAAGAGGAGAGGAUAAUUAUGGAUUUGAUAAUCUUGCCGUAUGAGGAAGUAGGGCUUAUAUCUUCCUUAAUUCCAACAACGGUGGUGGUGCGAGAGGGAAAGCGGGCAGGGUGCUGGACAAAACAGUGAUCGGGAUCCAGUCCAUGAACUGCCCCCAUGAACUACCCACAUGGACUACCCUAAAAUGGACAAGCCACUGAAGUUUAGUGAUUAGGGUUAGGAAACUGAAGGAAUCAGGUUUCAUUUAGGGUCAUGUUACUGACAGGCUGACCUUAAACUUGAUUCACUCAGUUUCCUAACCCUAAUAACUAAACUUCAGCGGCUUGUCGAUGUUAGGAUAGUGCAUAUGGGUAUAUACGUAGUCCGUGAGGUAGUCCAUGGACUGGGGGUCAGUGUUUUGUCCACCACCAAGCGGGCACACAGCACGCCUGGUGAUUGACCCAACCUCGUGAAGGUAAUCAUGAAAUAAAAGUCUCAAUUUUUGGUGCCUGUUCAACAGAAUAAAGAAACAAGGCCGCUGGAGUGCAUUGUCAGAUAAAGCAGAGAGAGGCCCAACUUUAUAUCGCACCACGUUCAUAAUAGAUGAUGACCCUAAAGACACUUUUCUGCGCAUGAAGGGCUGGACCAAAGGUGUCUGCUUUAUCAAUGGGCAUAACCUGGGAAGAUAUUGGAAAAGGGGCCCUCAGAAGACACUCUAUGUACCAGCCCCAUGGCUUCGGAAAGGCGAAAAUGAGGUAGGUGUUAUAAACCUCUGCUCUCAGCCAUAAAAUUAUCGACAUUCCCCCUAAAAUAUCUUGAGAAAUUUGGAAACAAUCGGUCUGUUUAUGGAUUUAUUAAGCACAUACCUUACUUGUUAUUACGAAAGAUCGCCUGUGCAAAAGUUGUAGCGAGAGCAAGAUUUCUAUCUUUUGCUCUGGUCCCAACUUUCUCGCCCAACUUGCGCGGAAACGCCUGCUAUGCAGGCUAUACGGGAGAACAGAACUACAGUUUUCUAAUUGACAUAUUUUCUGUUGUGUUUCCCUCAGCUGAUUAUUUUUGAGCUUCAUGAAUUUCAAAGACCAAGAGUUUCAUUUACAGCAUCGCCUAUCUUUGUUUGAGGAAUAAGACGCCUGCAAGAAUGAACCAUUUACGUGUUACUGUUAUUUGUAAAGGCUAUCACCUACUGGUGAGCGUUUUGGGCUGACAACCCGGAGCUCGCUUCUCAAGACUGAUCUCGAUCAACGUAUACUUUGUUGCCAUUAGCCACGAGAUUGUGGCGUCUUGAUGUCGCAGUAUAUAUAGAGGAUAUUACACGGUGGCGCGAAGAUAUGAAUUUUAUUUUCGAGUGGCAAAACAAUAUUUUACGAACGAGCGCAGCGAGUGAGUAAAAUAUUGUUUUUGCCACGAGAAAAUAAAAUUCAUAUCUUCAAGCCGCCGUGUAAUGUUCUUUUUAUUAUAUAGACAAAAUGAUAUCGAUAAAAUAAUAGAGGGAAAUUACCAAAAUUACGUCAUUGAUAAACUCACGUGUGAGAUUAUGGAAAAUAAACCACUCGGGUCCCGGAUGUAGUUUUUAUGAAAUUUACGAGUGGUUUAUUUUCCGGUAAAACACUCGUGUCUAUAUAAUAAAUGUGGAUAGGAAUUUACUAGAAUUUGCUCUAAGAAAAAUUUCCUUCUCAUUGAGCACGAAUUGACAAAGUUGUAGGUAUAGGUGUUUUUUUUCCGUGCUUCGCUUCCGUGCGAAGUUGUUGGAAAAUUAGGAUUGAUUAUACAAAGCUGGGAAGUGAUAAAAGGUGCAAGUUACUAAAUCAGGCCUUUUCUCAGAAAGUGUGAGAUUGACUACCAACUUCCCUCACGUCGAAGUACUGAUUAAGAACCCAGUGAUAAGGAAAUGGUUGAAGGUGGGUAAACCUUUCUCCGUGGAGGGUGAAUUACCCAGAUCUCACUCUGUCAUACGAUGAAAAGUGAGAUCUCCCUUUCCUUCGGCCUUGUAAGUCCUGGGUACAAGAGUAGAUGGUAAAUUUGUAAGUCGAACUUAAACACAUUUUUAACAUUACUGUAAUUUUUUUCUUUUAAUUCAUUCGGUAAUUUAGUCCGAUCUUUGUUAUUUACACCAGUUAAUACUAUUAUUUAACACCAUAGGAGACCAGUCCUAACUUGAAUAAUUUUUAUAUAGGCACAAUUUUUCAAGUAAUUUAUCUAACUGCAAGGUCAAUUUGGCAGUAUAAAAUGGUGUCCAUAUACAAUGCAGACCCGUGGGUAUUUAUAUUACGUUUUUAAGAUUCUAAGUGAUGUUAGUUAAAUCGAAAUAUGAUUGAUACUGUCAUUUACGGUAUCCAUAGUGGUUAUGGUCGUAAAACGGAAAAAACCGUUGUCUCAUGAACAGGAAAAGUUAAUAUGCGUUACCAAGAAGGUUAAACAGAGUCAUAUGGACGUUGUUUGCCCCUCACAAAUUCUAGCCUGCUAGCUGGUGGGAUCAGAUUGUGAGAGUGCUUAUUGCGGCGAGGGUGUUGACUCACAUCCAUUCCUCUCGAGGCUUUUACAGUCAUUUACUCCUCGAGUGGAAAGUGCCAGGGGCGUGCUUAACCUUGUCCCCAGGGUCUUCUCGUUUUCCAAUAUGGCUGCAGCGAAAAGACCCUAGGGACAAGGUUGGGGUGUGCUUUUAUGGUCUUUGCAAACAGUCGCGAGCGUCAAGUCCCGUCAGCUGCCCAGGCCCCACAAAUUCAAACUUGAUGGGUUCGCGUUGCCACCUCUCAAAGAGCUUGGUACCACUGACUUACAAAAGACUGCAUUUUAUGGAUCCGUUUUAAGAUGCCAAAAUUGUUGUUUUCCAGCAAUUUCUGUACCUGAUUACUCUUUAUGGGGGAGGGGUGUCAUUUACGAAUGCUAUGAACUCUCUAAAAAGGCCCGAUUCUUAACCGCGCUUUCAGACAUGUCAGCCAAUCCCGCCGAGUGCCUUGUUGGGAUUGCUGCCCUAUUUGCCAAGGAAUACCCGCCAUGAUUACCGGCCGGAAUUUUGAAGUGUGCAUGGUACUUUCAUUCACUCUCCAUCCCAUUUUCUUACUUCCAGUUAUUUGCUUUGAACUCCCGAUAACUCGAACACCUUUUUCGAUUUCUCUAGAAGGUUCGAGUUAUCGAGAGUCGAGUCGACUGUAGUUUAUCUGUGGGUUUCGCUGCAAAAUGUUCAUUGACGGAUAUCGCAUUUAUAUAAGAGAUACAAUAACACACACUUGCCCAAAUCCUUUUUCAAAUUCUUUAGUCCUGAAAAUUCGUUCAAAUACAAUUCCACAGCUUGAGUGAAUUUCUAAAUUCUUGAUAAUGUGAAAAAAAAUCAUUUUCCUUGUUGAACAAAACAAAUUAUUUUCAAUUAACCUUGAAAUUAGCAAACUCCAUUAAAUAAGAAUAUGUUAUCUCCAUUCAAAUAGAAAUGUUUCC